AUGGAGACCCUUGCCUUCGGCACCCUCAACAGCCUGCACACUCUCGGCGUGGGAGUUGCAUGCGCUGCCUUUGUGACGAGUGAGUUGCAAAGACGGUUUGAGUUGACCAACGUCAAUGUGAAAGCGCAAUCCGUGCGGAUACUUUGCCGAAGCUUGCCGGAAACCUGCGCCUUGGUGACUACGUUGUUGGUGGCCUUGGCGCUGCGGCUCUUCUCAAACCCUGACAGAAAUGUGUCAAUGACCAAUCCAGCAGAGAUUCAAGUUUGGGAGCAGAUCAAGCAGGAAUGGCCCGUUCUGAUGGGUGCCGAUACUUUGCUGGCCGUGCAGGCAAUGCUCAGGCUCUUGGUUUGGGUGAUGGUCGUGUUCCGCACAUCCCAGUGUACAACCGGAUCCGCUUUGUCAGGAGCGCCGGGGACACUGUUCUUGGCCGCAGCUGGCGCCCGCAGCCUUCUCGCAGCACAGACGGCGGCCUACGGUCUGGAUGGGCCUUUGGGUGGUUCUUUUGCCGUGUUUUGCGAGGUGGCCUCGGCAGCGUGGCUGGCAGCCAUGUGUUCCAAGAUCGGCUCAGGUUCUGUAUGCUCGGGGGCUGCCUUCGCAAUGGCAGCUUGGGCAGCGUCGCGCCACUACCUGAACCUGUCAGGGGCCGAACCCGGUGGCGACUACUCCCAUGACAAGCUUUUCAUCCUUGCGCACUGCCUGGAGUUCUUUGGGUCCAUUGCGCUCCUGGCGCAAUCUGUGCGGUGUGUUGCGGGAGAGUCUGAGAACCAGGGCCGAACCCUGAAUCCACGCAGGGCUUCGUGGGAUGGCUUCGUGUACUUGGUGCUUGCCAUCCAGCAAGCCUUGCCUGCAUACUACUUCCUGACAGCCUUCGCGCCAUCGCAAAGUCUUGUGGGUGAAGGUCGACCGUUCUGCCUGCUGAUCAUGGCGAACUUGCUCCAACUAGCUUUCCUGCUUUGUGCCUUGGCGUUCUACGUGGCUGGCCUGCUCGGAACCUCGUCCACAGGAGACGAGGGAGAAGGUCAGAUACGCGCCCAGGUCACCCGGAUUCGUGUGUGA